CGAUGUCGCUCCUGCUCUUUUCCCAGCGCGGGGACUGAGCGGCGGCCCGCGCCGUCUUGCCUGCCUGCCUUGGAGGGCGCCAUGGAGAGCCAGCUGGCGCGCUGCAAGAUCGUGGUGGUGGGCGACAGCCAGUGCGGCAAGACGGCGCUGCUGCACGUCUUCGCCAAGGACACCUACCCCGAGAACUAUGUCCCCACUGUGUUCGAGAACUACACGGCCAGUUUUGAGAUCGAAAAGCAGCGCAUCGAACUCAACAUGUGGGACACAUCAGGCUCAACAUACUAUGACAAUGUACGGCCCCUUGCCUAUCCUGACUCGGAUGCUGUUCUCAUCUGCUUUGACAUUAGCCGCCCGGAGACCUUGGACAGCGUCCUUAAAAAGUGGCAGGGGGAGACGCAGGAGUUCUGCCCCAGCGCCAAGGUGGUUCUGGUGGGCUGCAAACUGGACAUGCGCACCGACAUGAACACUUUACGGGAACUUUCCAAACAGCGCCUUAUCCCCGUCACACAUGAGCAGGGCAGCAUUUUGGCCAGGCAGUUGGGUGCCGUGGCGUAUGUGGAAUGCUCCUCCAAGGUUUCGGAGAACAGCGUACGGGACGUUUUCCACGUGACCACCCUGGCGUCCGUCAACCGCGUCCACAAGCACCUCAAGCGCAGCAACUCAAAGCGAGGGCUGAAGCGGUUGGCGCAGCCGCCCGCUCGGACGGACUUGUUGACUGACCCCGAGAUCCACAAAGACCGGGCCAAGAGCUGCUCGGUGAUGUGAGAGGAGGAGACCCCCCCCCCCGGAGGGGCUGAAGCACAGCACUGCCUGUCUUGUUCAUAUCUCUUUGUACAGUGUUUGGUCAGGGGGAGGUCUCUGCGCCGUUCCCCGGGAUGUAGGCCUGAGAGGAAACAGGCAGCCUUCCCCC